GUUUUAUUAUAUCAAUCCCCUCGGCCGAGCGAUUGCUGGCUCAUCCAUGAUACGAACACUUGUAAACCAUAGCAGUCUUCCUGCUCGCGCGCCGCCGCCGCAAUCAUUUCUCCGGCGUCUCCUCCAGAAGCAGGGCCUCAUGGAAGUGGAAGUGAAGCUCCGCCUUCCAGACGCCGCCUCUCACCAGAAACUCUCCGACCUCCUCUCCCCCUUCCGUUCCAAAACCCUAAUACAAGAAAACGUCUUCUUCGACGGCUCCAAUGCCGAGCUCUCCUCCAAAUUCGCCGUCCUCCGCCUCCGCUUCUACGGCAUCGACUCCGGAAACCACUGCGUCCUCUCUCUCAAAUCCAAGCCCGUAAUCUCCGCCGGAAUCAGCCGCGCCGAGGAGGCCGAGGAGGCCUUCGAUCCUGCCAUCGGCCGCGCUUGCAUCGCCGAGCCCUGGCGGCUCCUGUCGCUCGAUUCCUCGUCGUCGCGGAUUCUGCAGAGAGUUAAAGAGGAAUUCGGGAUCGGAGAUGGAAAAGGAAGACUGGCGUGCUUGGGAGGGUUCAGGAACGUGAGAACGGUGUACGAUUGGAAGGGAUUGAAAUUGGAGCUCGACGAAACGCAAUUCGAUUUUGGGACGAGCUACGAGAUUGAAUGCGAGAGCUCGGAUCCUGAUUCGGCCAAGAAAUUGCUCCAAGAGUUUCUGGAUAGGAACGGCAUUCGUUAUUCGUAUUCGGAGGCUUCAAAAUUCGCAGUUUUUCGAUCGGGGAAGCUACCUGAUCAGGCUCAGUAAGGCUUGAACGAUAUACCAGAUGAUUUGUGAGAGCACCACCACCAGGGCCAUCAAGCAGUGCUACACCAAGCACCAUUCUAGUAGGGCCAUCAAGCAUAGCUCCACUUCCAUUAGUUCAUUUAAGAAGUUCUUUUAAAGUGUAAUAUAACAUGUAAUUAGAAUACAAAGUAAUAUGGACUAUCAAUUAUCAAAUUUAUAGUGACAUAGUGGAUCAAAUAUCACAACCAACCAACUCCAAGAAAAGUCUACAUUAACGUACCAAAGGGAUGAGAGUUACGACUACCAACUGUGGAACUUAUCAUCUCAUUAGAAAUCAAAAAUACUUGAGACAUUUUGCUACUUCGUGACUUGUUUAAACUAAGAAAUAUUUUUAUAAAUGUUUGUUGAGGCCUGUUUUGGAUAUUAUAGUUUAAUAUUUCAUUGGUAUUUUCCACUACAUAUGAUGGGUGUUAAUGAUGGUUGGAUUUGUACUUUGAUGGGAUUUAUUUUGUCACCUUUUGUAUUAAUACCUCAUUUGACAAUUUAUAAAUAAGAUUUAUGGAUUCAAUGAAGAUUUUGUUGUUUUUCAUUUGAAUUCUUUUUAUCACAAUUUUUAUUAGAUCUUUUAUUGAAAUUUGGUCUUUCUUUUUAUGAAAUUUAA